AUGGCUAAGGAUAUUGAGAUUUCCAAUUCAGAAUCCAAGUUUUUGCUUGAGGCUCUAAGACAAAAUUAUAGAUUGGAUGGACGUUUAUUCGAUCAAUUUCGUGAUGUUGAAGUAACUUUCGGUAACGAAUAUGGUGAUGUCACGGUGAAAAUGGGGGAUACAAGAGUACAUUGCAGAAUUAGUUGCCAGAUAUCACAGCCAUAUGAAGAUAGGCCGUUUGAAGGGCUUUUCCUAAUAUCCACUGAGAAUUCUCCCAUGGCAGGACCACAAUUUGAAAAUGGGAACAAUACAGACGAAGAUGAAAUUUUAUGUGCAAGAAUCAUUGAGAAGGCAGUAAGACGAUCUGGUGCUCUUGAUAUCGAGGGACUUUGUAUUGUGGCUGGUAGUAAAUGUUGGGCCGUUAGAGCAGAUGUACAUUUCUUAAAUUGUGAUGGUGGUUUCAUUGAUGCCUCUUGUAUUGCUGUUAUGGCUGGGCUAAUACAUUUCAAGAAACCUGAUAUUACAGUUCAUGGAGAACAAGUUAUAAUACAUCCAAUCGAGGAAAGAGAACCGACUCCAUUAGGUAUUUUACACAUCCCAAUCUGUGUUACGUUUUCCUUUUUCAAUCCAAAGGAGACAGAAGAAAAUAUUAAAGGUGAAUCCAAUGAAGAAAUUACAGUGAUAGAUGCCACAUUGAAGGAGGAACUUCUAAGGGAUGGGGUUCUUACAGUAACAUUAAAUAAAAACAGAGAAGUUGUGCAAGUUUCCAAAGCUGGUGGACUUCCAAUGGAUGCAUUAUCGUUGAUGAGUUGUUGUCAUAAGGCAUAUUCUAUAACAGAAAAAGUAACUGAUCAGAUUGUGCAAGCAGUCAAAGAAGACUACAAAUCGAGAAAUAAGUACUCAGAAUUAUUAAGUUCAGAGAAUGCACGUUAA